AUGCCACCUGUGGAAAUACGAAAUACGUUUGGCAAGGUGAUGGAAGCGAUCCAAGCGAUACCACGCGACGAUCUCGACUUCAGAUUGGAAGUGUUGAAAACCAUCAAGCGCAUUCUCAAAGCAUAUCCGGUGACCCGCGACAUUUUUCGAGCGGUUGGCGGUUACGUUAGCUUGGUCUCCAUGAUUGUUGCUCUGGAGCGCGCAUUUCAACAUCCUGAAGAAUUUACGACCAAUCAUAUAAUGGCCCACGACGAAAUUAUCGAUAAGCUCAUCAGUGUGUUGCAGAUUAUCUUUGCCGUCUUUGCAGAAUCUUUGCGUGCCCAUCCUGUCAACAAAAAGUAUUUUAUUCACGAUGUUGGAUAUCCUACGCUGGAGAAUGCGUUGUUGUUGACCGGUGCCAUGGAAACCACUGGGAUUCCUCAACGAUUAUUCGGCAUACUGUUUGCGUUUAUGCUGGACGAUGAUACCGUGUACGAUCUGUUUCAAAGCGAUACUUCCGCCGACCAGUCACAUUCGAUGGAAUCCCGCAUUGAGCACACACUAGCCGACAUAUCCAUGACGGUGACCAACCCUGAAAUUGCUCCCACCAUUCUUGGACUCCAGGGCACUAUCAACGAUGACGCCGAACUUUCGCAAGCGGUUCUUUACGCUCUACUCAUGCUCGCCAAAAAAAGUCGAAGAAAUCAAGUAAAACUGAACAGCAGUGGUUUGAUAUUGGCGGCACUUUCUCGUGCCUUCCCGCGCGAACCAUCGCGAGAGAAUACCCUCCAACAAGGUGUAGAAAAGGAUCUGUUGACGAAAAUCAUUGGUAAACUUAUGACGAUGGGAAUCAGCUACGAAGAGUUACAAUAUCUCUUCCAAUCAUUUACCGCCAGUAACGCGAUCAUGGCGUUGGACAACCCAGCCAUUGACGGUUUGAUGGAUCUUAUUUUACACGGUGCAUCUCAAAGUCGUUGGCCCAACUUUAUUCAAUUUAACAUGGCGGACGUCGGUCAUUCAUGCCUCGAGGUUCCGUCAUUGCCAUCCUUUCCUCCAUCCUCUUCGGGAUACACUCUCAUGUUGUGGCUUCACAUUGAACGAUUUGAUGCCGAUGCCAAACUUGUUCUCCUCUCGAUCUAUGACAGCAGUAGACUUACAUCCAAAAUUUACCUGGAUCCGUCCUCCAGGAGACUGCAUAUCGACGUUCCCGGUUCAAAGCAAACAGUGAAAUUCGAAUCAUUUGAAUUCCGGGAAGGUUGUUGGUAUCACCUUGUACUCGUUCACAGUCGAUCCAGAUUAGGCGCAAGUCUGAGCGCAUGUAACCAGCUGGUGUGGGAUCUUGGCCCUUGUUACCUCCUCUUGGAUACCUUGGAAGCCGACGCUGUUAAUUUUUACUUUAAUCUUGGCGUGCGAUACAAGUCCCUGUUUCAAGAUUCUUUGCGCCAAUUUCAAACAUACGAAGCAUCUACCGCUCUAGUUCUGAAUCUACGUUCGGUCAGCAAAGCGUUUAGUAGACGGGAUAUGUCACACAACACGAUCGCCAACGCCAUGCGUGGAGGAGCCAACGUGUCAAUGCCAGAAAACCAAAUCGCCUUUGCUUUCGUCGCUUCCAAUGUCAUUACUGAAUUAUCGCAUAAUGGUAUGACCUCCACGGGUAUGAGCGAUUCUAUGCUGGAGAUGAUCGCAUCCGAAAUGGAGAAAUCCCAGCUGGUAUUAAAUACGGCCAUACCGAAGAUAGCCUCAGCUAUCUAUGCCCAACACGGCAAUGGCUAUUUGUACAAUGAACCCGUCAUCGCUUACCCUUACGGCUUGGAUGAAUCCAUGUGGAAAAUUGGGGGCUGUGCUGUGGCGCUCCGUUUAAUUGAAAGAUCCGAGACAUCGGCUACUCUGUGCAAAUCCACUGCGAUUCUUUUUGAAAUUAUCCGGUAUUCAUGGCGAAAUUCGGAAGAUAUGGAGCGAUCGCAGGGAUACGAAAUAUUAGCGUACCUGCUCAAACUGAAGCGUGAACUGAUUACCAUUGAUUUGCUGGAGCUGCUGUUAACCUUCAUUGGCAAAGAUCGCAAAUACCCAGAGGAUUCGAUCAUUAACAAUCCCUUUGCCUAUCGGUAUAUCAUUCUCAACUUUGAAAUAUGGAAACGAACUACUGUCAAGGUGCAAAAGGCGCAUUUGGAUCAGUUCAUCUUAUUCUUGCAAAUCAGCAAGCGCCGCCGCUUUAAUAUGAAGCGGUUGCAAAAAGUUCAUUUGGUCAAAAAGAUGCUGUUGGCCUUCCGUAUGAAUAUUUAUGCCAAAGAACUGGUUCCCACGGUGAUCCAUGCACUAAAAAUUGUCAUGAUGAACAAUUGGAAUACUGAGAAUAUCCGAGCUGUCGCCACCUUCCUCGCUUCUACCGUUUCGCAAGGUAAAAAAGGUGACAAAGUUCACUCCAUGAUGUUCAUCAAUACAGCUAACAACUGUUUCAGCGUCUUCAUCGACCGUCCAAUCUACACAACCAAAGUCACGACGGGGGUUACGAUCUCCCAGUAUUUCAUCCUAUUAUAA